UAUUCUGUUUUUGGCAACAUUGUAAUGUGGAGGCUCGCUUUGUUCUCAUUGGAGCAAAGUCCUGAAUCAUGCGUUCCGCUGUUUCACCCCCCCUGAUAAGUGGACUUAGACAAUAUGCGUUAUUUACCAACCAGUCAGAUACAGAGCUCAAGCUUUGCGUCCUAUGCUCCUCCCCCUCCACCCAUGGCUCCGCCCAGCCCUGGGACCACAGGAGGAGGUGGAGGUGGAGGAGGAGGUCACGGAGGAGGGCUAGUGGAGCAGCUUAGUAAGACCAACCUGUACAUCAGAGGCCUGCCACCUGCCACCACCGACCAGGACCUCAUCAAACUCUGCCAGCCAUAUGGGAAGAUUGUGUCAACAAAGGCCAUCCUGGACAAGAACACCAAUCAAUGCAAAGGCUAUGGCUUUGUGGACUUUGACAGCCCUGCAGCAGCCCAGAAGGCUGUGGCCUCGCUCAAAGCCAGCGGAGUCCAGGCACAGAUGGCGAAGCAACAGGAACAGGACCCCACCAACCUUUACAUCUCGAACCUACCGCUGUCCAUGGAUGAGCAGGAGCUGGAGAACAUGCUGAAGCCCUUUGGUCAUGUCAUUUCCACACGGAUACUAAGGGACGCCAAUGGCCUGAGCAGAGGAGUCGGCUUUGCUAGGAUGGAGUCGACAGAGAAGUGUGAUGUGGUGAUUCAAAAUUUCAACGGGAAAUUCUUGAAAACCCCUCCGGGCAUGACAGCCCCUGCAGAGCCGCUGCUGUGCAAGUUUGCUGACGGAGGCCAGAAGAAGAGGCAGACCCAGGUCAAGUAUCCCCAGAAUGGCCGACCGUGGACGCGGGAAGGAGAGGUGAGGCUUAAAAGUGCUUUUAAUCGUCAAAAAAGCUCAUCAGUACCCAUCGGCGUGGUGACAGACCCCUCCCCACAGACAGCCGCCCCCUCCUCACAGGACCCCAGUGGGCAGCAGCCUAUAUCAGUGGAGAAUACAGGAGAUCAUGCCACAGCCUACUCUUACCAGCAGUCUAAGUGA